AUGAAGCACGAGGGCAGCCACUUCCACUCGCGCAAGCAGAACGCCCUCUUUGUGUUCAAGAUGCAGGCCCUCCUUCUGAUCGUCAGGGUGGUCGUGCUGGGCGCCGAGGGGGUCGUCACCAUCGAGGACAACGCGAAUGAAGCUCCGGAGUUUACGACGGACAAACCGUCGCAGCUCUGGAGAGAUGUUCUCGGACUCCAGGCAGAGGACGAGAAGGGCGCCAGAGGACCAUUGGGACUACCACGGUUCAUGAGGGAGAACCUGGAGGCCAGCCUCAGUGACAUGAACAUGGAAGAGACCAACCUCAUGCUGGCGUCCUUCAUGCAGCUGCAGUCCCUGGUCAUGGCUCAGGUCUCGGCGCUGAUUCAAGCACGAAUCAGAGAACUGGCGGCCGAAAGACCCAACGAGGCGGAAGAGGACCAGAUGAAAGAAAAGACCAGACACGUCUGUGUGGACAUCCUCCGAGGCUACUUGGCAACCAGGUACGGAACCACACCAGCGUGCAUGGGCGAGAGGGCCAGAAGCUUGGAGGCCCUGAUCGUGGCCUUCGCAGGGCCGGAGAGCGCAGAGGAUGACAUCACGGAAAAGGUGGAGGACGUCAAUUGGGCGAGGCACUGGUGGACCAAGCUACUUCCGGCUAUGCGAGAAGAGGAGGCAAUCCGUGCGGAGAGGUUGGCCAAUGGGUGUGUGGAGGAGUCGGCCGACACGGUGGAGUCCUCACAGGCCGACAAGGAUGGCGACACAGCAUGCAAAAGCACAGAGGUGGACCAAGUGGAUGAAUUGGAAGUGCUUCAGGAAGAUGCCUACCAGCAGAGCUUGGCGGAAGCGGCCCAGCUGCGGGAACACGAGCAGCAUUUUCAGGAGGACCUGGAAGCCGACCUGGACCGCUGGGAGAAGUACCAGGAGUGCCUCAAGGCGGAGAAGGCACAACAGUGGGAUGAUUGGGCUGUGAGUUCAGAGAUGGGCAGAGCGGACCGCAGCCCAGAGUUGCGUCUGCGCAUCAUGGUGCAGCACCACGGCACGUCGCUUCAGGGCUUGCGAGAAGAGGGUGAAGGGCUGUCGUCGGCGGGAAGCCGCGAUGCAGUGGCGAUGGACCUCGCGCCACAGAAGAAGAAGGUGAAGGUGACGCACAUGAAUUUCGUGCCGAGUGAUUUUCCAGACUGGUUGCUAAUGGAGAAUGAUGACUUGAAGCUGCGAGUUGCCUCCGACGGCGAUGCUGGGACCGCAGCAGCAUCCGCUGAGAUGGACAUGCUGAGAGGCAGCUUGGAGAACGCCAUGACCAGCUCUGAGAAUUUGCCUGCAUGCAAGGCCCAGAACCGAGCUUUGGCAACAGAGAUCGAGGCUCGGGAGGGGACCAGCGCUUAUGGGACCCUGGAAGCCCUGCGUUUUGUCAUUCCCGUUGCCUCGCUGCUAGAACUGGUUGACAUCACAGCCCUGGCUUGUUUGGCAGAGCGUAGCUCAAAUGCUUCGAACAUGGAAGAUGUUCAGAUUCAUUUGGUGACCUGUCGCAUCCUGCUUCCUUCCCACGACAUGGCCAUGCAGCUACACAUCACAUUGCUAAGCGGGCAGACGACCUCGCUCCGCCUGCCAGCAGAAGCGCGGCCGAGGGACCUUCGUCGCCAGGCCUCGAGCGACCUCCAGGUUGGAGAAAGCCUGGAAGGGGUGGGUAUUGCAGCCCUUGUCACAGCCUCUGGACAACUGCUGGAUGAAGCCAAACAGACCUUGGUCGAUGCGGGCCUGGCUGAUGGCGAUGCGCUUAGCGCCGUGGUGCGAGAUGCUCGGUUGUGGUCUGGGGUGCUCCAGACUGUGUCGCUUGCAGCUCCCUGGUGCAAGAACAGCUACGAGAUGUUCGCUGCAAACCAAGCGGGGGUGCUGGGUGAAAAUCGGCGGAACGCCUCCGCCACCGCGCCGUUUUCCGAAAUCAGGCGUGUGGUGCCCGGCGCCUCGGACACCACUGGCGCGAUGGCACUGGCAACAGCGCGAGCGACCAUUGCAGACCUACAACAACGUCUGGAUGAGGCCCUGAAGGCUCGCAGUCAGCUGCCACCCGCUGGCCAUCUACAUGAGGGAGAGGUGGCCUCCAGAAUCGAGGAGCUGAUGCGCGAGAACGCACAGCUUCGUCGGCAGGUAGCAUCGCCAGGGGCCUCGCGCGCAGCGGCAGAGCAACAGAUCCAGCACCUGCAGGCGCGCAUUCAAGAGCUGCUGCGCGAGAAUACGGCUCUCCAGCAGCGAGCAGGCGGCUCCUGUGCACCUCCCCUGGUGCCUGUACCAGCAACGCCACUAUCACCGCCCAUCGCAACAGCCGUGCCUGUCGCUUCGGCGGUGCAAGUGCCAGCGCCGGCCACAGUGCAGACUCCUGACACCAUCGCCCUGACAGCUCUGCAACAACAAGUGGCUCACCUUCAGGCACGUGUCCAAGAGCUCCUACGUGAGAACCUGGACAUACAGCGGCGCAGUCCAUCCCCGCCUCCCGCCUCAGGCGAUGCUGCGGCCCUUGCUGCUGCCAGGCGCCAGAACGAGGAGCUCCAGGCGCGCGUGGAGGAGCUGCGCCGUGAGAACCAAGAACUCCAGCGGCGCAGCCAAUUCCCAGAAGCCUCCAGUCUUGGUGAUGGAGCGGCUUUGGCUGCGGCAAGAAGGCAGAACGACGAGCUGCAGGUGCGGAUGCAAGAGCUCUUACGUGAAAAUCUAGAGCUCCAGCGGCGCGGUACUCCGCCACCUCCCGUGGGUGAUGAUCAGGAAUUGGCGGCAGCCAGAAGUGAGAACGAAGAGCUGCAGGCACGCGUGCAAGAGCUUCAGCGUGAAAAUGCCGAGCUCCACCGCCGCAGCCAAGCCCCACCUCCGCCUGUCCCAGAUGAUUUUGGGGCUUUCGACCGCGUCCUGGGUGCUGCAAAACGGCAGAACGAGGAGCUGGAGGUGCGGGUGCAGGAGCUCCUCCGCGAGAACCUGCAGCUGCAACGUCGUAGCCCGUCUCCACCCCCUGACGAGAGAGGUGAGGCAGCCAUGCAGGCGAUGAGGCGUCAGAAUGAGGAGCUCCAGGCGCGGGUUCAAGGAGUCCUUCGUGAGAAUCUGGAACUUCAGCGGCGCAGUCCCUCUCCUCCCGGCGCACCCGUCGCCCCAGCAGGUGACGAUGCUCUGGCCGCAUCCAGGCGGCAAAACGAAGAGCUCCAGGUACGCUGCUUGGAUCUGAUUCAAGAGAAUGACACCUUGCGUCAACGGCUCGCGGAUCGUGCAGGCCGCAGCCCCUCGCCUGGCCGCAGUGAACAUUCGCCUCCUCAUCCUCCACGGCGUCCUGCAGCUGAGGCACUUCGAAUGGAGCUGAAGCGGCGGGAGCUGAGCCUAGUGAAGUUGUUGGCGGACUUGGACCCGCAGAUGCAUGGCAAAGUUUCCUUUGAAGCCUUCCGUCUUGCAUGUGGUCGGCAUCGCUUGGCGUUGCAGGCAGAAGACUUUGCCAAGCUGGCUGGCGUGCUGAAUCUGGACAAGCGCGGCUUCUUUGCCAAGGAGGAUCUCUUGAGGGCGCUGCGUCACGCAGAGGAGGCUCGAGGCGCUUCAGCCAACGCAGCCAGUCCAGUACCAGCAGCUCCGCGCGGUCGCACGAAGGCUCCUGAUGGCAUCGCGCAUCAGGGGCGUGGCAGAUCCCACGAGGCUCGCCAGUUGGAGGGUGCUGUGGAGGCCAAGCAUCGCCGCCAGCUGGAGCACUUAGAGUUUGGCACUGAGGGGAUCGACUGGCACACCUUGAACCCGCCAGGCAUCAUGAGCAUGUUUGUGGUUCCAGUGAUUGGGGCUGUCAGCGACCGACAUGGUAGACUGUUCCUCCUCAUCAACUUGGUGAGCCAGGAUGUCAUUGCCCUCAGGUUUCUCGCGUUUGCCUGCGGUAGCUUCUCCAACGCCUUCUUCCCCACGUUCCACGCAAUACUCGGGGAUUUGGGCGGAAAUCGGAGCGUAUCGUUUACAGUGAAAAUCAUUUUUGCAAACGCUGGCCAGUUAACAGGAUGGAUUGUCGGUGUUGUCGUCUUACGACAAGAGUUCGUGGACUACAACUUAGUGUGGGCCUCCUUGUUGACACUCUUCACCUUAGGCUCUGUAGUUGCUAGUCGUAUACCCGAGACUCGCCCUGUGGGACCGGGUCACUCAACUUCCACAUCUUCGACGCCGAACGUGUUCGCCGCAUUGUACUUCGCGAUACACAGCCCAUUUUUGUUCCGGUGGUGCAUUGCAAAGUUCCUGGCGCUGUUUGGGUUGUCAGUGAUGUCACUGCUGAAGAGCUUUGUGCUGUCGGCCUACGACUGGCGGCAGGGUACGCUAGAAGCUGCAAUGGGAGUGUUCUUCAUCAUCAGCGCCGCGUCAACCCUGGCAGGUCCAUGGUUUGUGGACCGUUAUUCUGUAGAGACGGUUGUGGAACGCUGCACGCUCAUGGGGGCAGUAUCCCUUUCGAUGCUUCUCUUUGCACCUGUGGGGUCGUUCUUCUGUGCGUGCGCAGCCUUCAUCCAGGCGGCGGGAGCUUGCACCAUCGCAGCCUCCUCGACAUUGUUGGCCGAACGCUUCACCGAGGACCAGGGCAAAGCCCAGUCGGUUGUCGUUGCCAUCGCAGGUGGGGCCUCCAACCUAGGAAGCCUCCUUUACUCCUGGCUUUAUGAUGCAAAGGCAGAGGGCAUGGCACAAGCCUUGCCUUUUGCUGUUGCCAUGGCCGUGGGCUGGGCUGCCUACUUCACACUGCUGUCUGCCCUCGCGAACUCGCCACCGCUGCCUAGGCAGAGCAACCCAGAGGAGGUUUGUUUGCAGCCUGACGAUGCAAAGGGCGUUGUCAUGGGUAGGCGCCACAGUUUCGACUUAGAGGAAGGUGGCUUACUGUGA